AAAGAUAUUUCUCACUCACACUCUGGUUUCACCGGCGAAAGCUGACAAAGCUCAAGCUCCGAAUCUCCCGGAAUGGAGGGCGAUGAUUUGAAGCCAAUGGACGCCGAUCAACUGAGGGAGCAUGCCCACAAGAUGGUUGACUUUAUUGCUGACUAUUACAAGAACAUCGAACAGUUCCCUGUUCUCAGCCAAGUCCAGCCUGGGUAUCUGCGUGAGCUUCUGCCCGAUUCCGCCCCGUCUCGCCCUGAAUCCUUACAAGAUGUUUUGGAUGAUGUUCAGACAAAAAUAUUACCGGGAGUGACACAUUGGCAAAGUCCCGAUUAUUUUGCGUAUUUUCCGUCGAAUAGUAGUGUUGCUGGUUUCUUGGGGGAAAUGCUAAGUGCUGGAAUCAGUAAUGGAUUAUGGUUUCAUGUGGAUGCUGCUUAUGCUGGAAGUGCUUGUAUUUGUCCGGAAUUUCGUCACUUUAUUGAUGGUGUAGAAUUAGCCAACUCUUUUAACAUGAAUGCACACAAGUGGUUCUUGACCAACUUUGACUGCUCGGCUCUUUGGGUGAAGGAGAGAAGUGCACUGGUCCAAUCAUUAUCGACGAAUCCCGAGUACCUUAAAAACAAAGCUUCUCAAGGAAACACGGUCGUGGAUUAUAAAGAUUGGCAAAUCCCGUUAGGACGCAGAUUCAGAUCUCUGAAACUGUGGAUGGUGUUUCGACUUUACGGGUUGGAAAACUUGCGGACUUACAUAAGAAGCCAUAUUGAAUUGGCUAACAAGUUCGAACAACUCGUUAAGCUAGACCCGAGAUUCGAGGUUGUUGCCCCUCGGAAUUUCUCCCUAGUUUGCUUUCGCCUUUUGUCUACGCAAAAGGAUCUAGAAUGUUCUAACAGAUUGAACCGCGAAUUACUCGAUGCAGUGAAUUCGACUGGAAAACUCUUCAUCUCUCACACAGUUCUUUCGGAAAAAUACGUAUUACGAUUGGCGGUGGGGGCCCCACUGACUGAAGAGAGGCAUGUGGUUUCAGCUUGGGAAACUUUGCAAGAAAAUGCUUCUGCUUUACUAGUAAGGAAUUAAACUCUUCAUUCUAUUUAAUUAAAAUAAGCUAUAUUUUAAUUUUUAAGUUGCUGCAUCAACUUUUUUGAUUUAUAAGUAUUUGAUGAUUAAUAAAAAAAAAAAAUUGCAUUGGGUAUUUGUACCAUACAAAACAGUUAAAUUUCUAAAUUAAGUAAUUAAAGUUGAUUUUUA